GCUGUAGCUAGGAUCAGUCCACUGCAGCAGGAGUUUCAAGAACAGCAGCACAAAAAUGAUGACUUAACUGGAUAGGAAAAAAGGCACAUAUUUUCAGGAAGGCCUCUUUAUUCUUAGAAGUUACCCUUCAAGAUGACAAGUGGUGCAAACUCUCCAGGAUCUUACCUGCCCUCAAAAAUAAGAAGUUCUAAAAUAGAUGACAACUACUUGAAGGAAUUAAAUGAGGACUUAAUGCUAAGGAAGCAGGAACUGCUAGAGAUGCUCAAACCUCUAGAAGAUAAAAACAACCUCUUAUUCCAAAAGUUAAUGUCUAACUUGGAGGAAAAACAAAGGAGUCUUCAGAUCAUGAGGCAGAUCAUGGCAGGGAAGGGGUGUGAGGAAUCCUCGGUCAUGGAGCUCCUUAAGGAAGCAGAGGAGAUGAAACAGAACCUGGAAAGGAAAAAUAAGACGCUUCGGAAGGAAAUGGAGAUGCUAUGGAACAAGACAUCCGAGGCAGAAGAACUCAGUGAUCAACAAAAAGCACCACAGAUAAAACACAAGGCAGACUUGCAGGAUGGAAAGGCUCCCAAAUCCCCCUCAUCACCUAGGAAGACUGAAAGUGAACUAGAGAAAUCAUUUGCAGAGAAAGUGAAGGAUAUAAGGAAGGAAAAGCAACAGAGGAAAAUGGAAUGGGUCAAGUAUCAGGAACAAAACAACAUCCUUCAGAAUGGUUUUCAUGGCAAAGUGAUUCAGCUGAGAAUUGAAGCCUUGAAGAACUACCAGAAGGCCAAUGACCUGAAAUUAUCACUGUAUUUGCAGCAGAAUUUUGAGCCAAUGCAAGCAUUUUUAAAUCUUCCUGGGUCCCAAGGUACUAUGGGCACUACAACUAUGGACAGAGUGACUACUGGCAGAAAUGAACACCAGGUGAGAAUUCUGGGAGCAAAGAUCUACACAGAACAACAAGGAACUAAAGGAAGUCAGCCUGAUGAUGCAGGAGGGAGGCUCUUUUUUCUGAGGUCACUGUCAGAUGAAGCACUGGAGAUAGAUGCUUUUCACCUAAAAGCAGCUCUCACGGCGAAGAGGCUUAAGGCCAUAAAACCGUUGGACAGCAGGAGGAAGAGAAGCCAGGUGUCUCCACUCCAGUUGCCCUGCCUCAGACUCCUAAGCUUCGCAUGUGAGGAUCGUCUUGUAGGCACUGACUGGAGAUGGAAUCCUAAAACACAGGUGAAGCGGAAAUCUUCCUUCAGGGAGAGCCGACUGAGGAAGCCAGCGGCUAACACUGGGUUCGCCAGCGCUUUCAGUGGGGCGGCCGGCCGCUCCCGAGGGCUGCAAGACGCGGCCCGGCGUGCUGAGCCAGUGUCGCUCCUCCCGCGGUCCCCUCAGAAGGCCGGCCCGCCGGCUACAGUCUGCCGAAGGCGCGGACAACCGACGAGGUGUCAGGCUCGGCAGGGGAUUGCUUCUGUCUGGGGCCCGGCCGAGGUUGCGUUCCUGCCUAGCGCGCACACGCUCCGCGUUCACUCAGCCAAUCCCGCGCUACUCGCGCACCCAGGAGCGAUCCGCGGUCCUACUCAGGCUGGGCCCGCUCCUUCCCGCUCCCACUGCCUUCGGUCUCGCGCUCCGCAGAGCGGCCCGAGCUUCUUCGGCCUCGUUCCGCCGCCUCCGCGCGCUCUCCCCGUGCGGCCACCGAACCCUCCAGCUCGCCUCCUUCCUGCCGGACUUGGGGUCGCGCGCCCUGACUCCGCCCCCUCCCGCGGACCCGCGCACUCCCGGCGCGGCCUCUCCCCCACGCAGGCCACCGAGCACUCUACGGCCUCCCACUCCUUCCCCGCUCUCCUCGCGCUUCCCUGGCUCCCUAGCUCUCGCGCUCUCCGCGGCGAGCGCGCUCCCGGCCCGCGCGCUCCGGGCUCCAAUUUCUCCCGGCUCCUGUCAGUGCGGUGA